ACUGUUCAAAAUAUAUUAAAAUUUCAUAAAAUUUGCGUGCUAUUUAUAUACAAAGAAAAAAGACUAAUUUCUAUAUUAAUGCCAUUAAUGACCACUGCGUAUGUAGGAACGUUACUUAGGGCAGCGACCGUCAGUCGGCCUCGAUGACGGAAUGUGUGAAAUUUUUAAGAUGGUGAUAAACUGUGUUUUUCGAAUCUUAGCUAAGUAAAUCAAGUUUAUUACUUUAUUUCUUUAUCAAAAUAUACAGAAUGUGUCUAUUACUGUGAACUCGUUUAUUUCAUUACAUUUUCUUGGGCGUAACGGACUUGGUGUUAAACGGGUUGGUGGGACCACUGACUGACAUUGUUUCGUUGGAAAUUGUGGAGUCCAUCGCGGUUGUUAUGUUUAAGCUUGUAUUGUACACAUUUACAACACCUCGCUUCAGACGAUUCUGAUGUUUUCGAAGUUAUGGAGAGGCAGGAGCGAUCACAUGCCAAUAUGGAGGCCGCGGACUUUGCAGAGACUAAACAGUCAAAGCAACGGGCGUCGAUCAAGUGGCUGUUGUCCAAGGCAUUUAACAAUAGGGUCCCGGAGAACCUCCAGGAGCCCUUUUAUAGGGAUCAUGAGGACCAGGAGCACCUAAAGCCGCCUAUAGUAGGCGGUCUAGCCAACGCGGAGCUCUACUGCUUGGCGCUCGCCAACAUGUACUCGGACCCGAAUUACCACAGCCUGAACCACUGGAACAUCCUGCAGACGCUCGCAAGGAAGGGCGUCCACGUGCCAGAUCCGCCGGACUGUGCGCUCACCGAGACCGUUCUUAUACAGACCAACCCUCUCAAAAUGACUGCUCACAUGGCUGUGAUAGAAGCACUGAUGGUGUUGUACGCGCGGGAAGUGGUCACGCUGGACCGGGUGUCAGCGGCGGCGCAGCGGUUCGGCAUCAGCCAACCUUUACCUGGCACCUCCAACAUUCCACACGAAGACGGUCUCUUGUGCUGGAUCAACGCCGCAUGCGCUGCACUCAACAAGGCAGAGGAGGAGUCGAGCUCACAGGUGCCAAUGGUGAAGAGCCUCCAGGAGCUGUGCGAUGGCACGGCGCUGGCGGCACUCAUCUCAUUCUACUGCCCGGACGCGCUGCCGCGCUCCGCGGUCCGCGUGGGUCGUAUGGCCUCCAUACAGGACUGCCUGCACAAUCUGCGGCUCGUCUAUGACUUCUGUCACACGUGUCUACCGCACAACGUGUUCCAUAUGAUGCCCGAGGACGUCACUUAUAUGCGCGGGUCAAUGCGACAAAAUUUAGUAGCAAUGCUUGCUGAUCUCUUCAAUAUGCUAGAAGUGCACCCAGUGAAAUCGGUUAAAUGUCCAGGAAGUGCGUGCAGCGCCAGCAACCUGCACGGCGUGCGGCACAAGCGCUGCCUGCCGCCCCCGCCCCCCACGCCCAUCCCCGACCUCCGCGCCGAGCAGCAGGCCGGCUCCGCCCUGCCGCCGUUCGCAGUGCCGCGGUCGCCGUCGUCGUGCGGCGGCGGGAGCGCGGGCCUGCGGGGCCGCGGCCGCUCGGCUUGUUCGACGCCUGAACGACGCAGCUGCAGCCCGGGCAGCCCCGCGCGCGACGAGUUCGUCGUGCACCGGGGUCGGCCCGUCACCACGCUUGCCACGCUCGCCCGCCGCGGAGAUGAUGGGUCGGGGUGGCGGGACGAGCCGGCGGCAGGGCGACCAAGCGGGGCCGUGUCCGGGGGCGCCGGAGGGCCGGGCCAGGGGCUGGGCCCCGACGGCACGUUCGCGGGCCGUCGCUCGCGCCGCUCCUCAGUCUCGGACGACAGCCAGCUCACCGUGGAGAACUUCGGCGGCUCGCAGGACCGCCUGCACUUCGCCGGCCGCAAUCCUGAGAAAGAGCUCGCCACGCUCGCAUCGCUCGCAUCGCACGCACCGCACGCGCCCGCUAGGAAGAUCUCCGCGCCCGCCGGCCCCAUCGACUACAACCCCCCGCUGCGGAGCUCGCGCCAAGACAUCCGAGGCUCCAUACAGUUCUUCCACGGCGACUUCCAGAAUGGGCAAGAAGAUAAACAGAAGGUUGAGCGGCAGCUGUCGAAUGCGGAGGAGCAGUACUAUCCCAUCAGGAGGCAGCUCAGCAGCGACACCAUCACGCUCAACCAGAACCUGGGGUACAACUACAAAGGCGGCGGGGACGGGUUCUACCUCAACGAGCGGGACGCGACCGACGGCGACUGCACAAAGACGAGUUUCGCUGACUUGAAUAAGAUUAGGAGUAACGGGGAUCAGAAAGGUCUUCAAUCACAGUUCAGUCAGGAAUGCGAGCCGAAUGAGAGGCAGAAAAGCACGACGUUCGCAACGCCACCGCCGAAUACAACCACGUGGCAACAACAGUUCAUGCAACAAGAACAUCAUCCCAAUGGCGCGGAGGUGUCAGAAGAGUCGGCGACGGGUGGCGGACAAGCGAUGGCGGCGCAACUGAACAAUAUCCGUUUAAAAUUAGAAGAAAAGAGACGGCGCAUCGAGCUCGACAAACGGCGCAUGGAGGCGGCCGUCAGUCGCCAGCGGCAGCAGCUCGGCCAGCAGGCCUUCCUGCAGGCCGUCACCAGGGGCAAGGGCUCGCGGCAGGCCGCCGACGAUGACGCCAAGCAGGCUGAAACCAACCAGGACUUAGCGGACACGUCAAACCAAACUGUGGACACAGUCGCGCUGGAACAGUACCAGCAGUCUAUUGCCAAAAUGAACUCCAGCCUACAGGACAUACAGAGCGAUAUCGCGCGGCUCGCCAGCCAGCAGUCCCAGUUGCAGCAGCAGCAACAGCAACAGCAAAUACAACAGCAACAACAACAGUUGCAGCAACAACAACAGCAACUGCAGCAGCAACAACAGCUGCAACAGCAACAACAACUGCAACAGCAACAAGCGAAGCAAUUGUUCCAACCGCAACCACCCCAGUCGCCUUACCAACAACAGUACCAACAGAACAUUCCACAAUUGCACAGUCAAUUCAGCUCGCAACACAACGUGUCGCGUGCGGCGCUGGGCGGCGGCUUCGGGUCCACGCCGCACCUGCCGCGCGACCUGCACUACCAGUACCCCGCAUCUGCCCCCACCCCCGCUCCCACACCCGCCUACGAGCAAUACCAGUACAACCAGUAUAGGGACAUAGAGCAGGAGUACGGUCAGCAGUUCUUCCUGCACGACGCGCCGCAGCCGCAGCCGCAGCGACGCACGUGGGCGCAGCACGCUCAGCAACAGACCGCACAACAGCACCACGACUCGCCCGAGCUGCGUGGCUGGCAGCUUCACCAACAAAACCACCAACCUCAAUACCAACAGCCGACCCACGAGACACCGCAACGAACGUGGAAGUCACCGUCCCCCCAACCGCCCUCAGAUCGAAAUUGGAAUCCCCAGGGCUUUGUGUUACACGAUAGGACUAACCAGCCCUUCCAAGUGCACUACAACAACGACCGGUACCAGAACGGCACCGAGAACAUUCGAGAAACACAAAACCAUUUAAGCUACACUGUGAUAAACUCCAACCAAUAUGUCUCCCAGUCACCUCCGCUGGCGGCAAGCCCGCAGCGCCGAUCGAAAACCCCACAACGGCAAGGCUCCCUUCCAGAAGUCUCUAGAAGACCGGAACCGGUCAGUUUGCAGCAGUUACAAACGCCCGUACACGCUCCUCCCCCGGACGAUAUGGAACCGCAGAAUAUAUCCUUCAUCGGCAACGCAGAGGACGACGCGCUACGCCAAGGAAUCAAUAGACUGAACAUCUCAUCUGGCACUAGAACGUACCGUAUACCCUCUCCUACUAGGCCAUCUCUUAGUCGUAAUUCAUUCCAGCAAAUCGAGCAAGAGGAACCUAGCGAAAAGAACGAGAAAGGCUUCUAUAUAUCGUUCGAUAACGACCAGCCAAAGCGACCGAAACCGCCUUUACGGGCGAAAAGGGGAUCGCCUAAAAAGGAGAGGUCGUCGGAAUUUGAGAGUCCGGAGUUAAGUCCGGAGAACACGUGGAUGCAGAACGAUCGCGUGCCGCAGCCCGUGGAGGAGGAGUUCGUGGUACACAGGAAUACGGGGUUGGAGCAGGCGGUUCGAUCUAAUGACGUUUCUUCGGAGCGCAGAGAAACGCCACCUAGAGAACGACCACAACGCAACAACGCCGAGCCGGCGGCCUUAGUCAUUGGCGAAUUGAAUCCUGAUCCGAACUCGGCGGAGGAGAUGGAGCGCAAGAAGGAGCGCAUCAUGAUGCUGUCGCUGCAGCGGCGGCAGCGCGCCGACGAGGCCCGCGCGCGCGCCGAGCAGGCGGCGGCGGCGCGCCGCGCGCGGGACGACGCCGCCGCCGAGCGCAAGCAGGCGCGCAAGGAGGAGCAGGCGCGCCGCCGCGAGGCCAUCCUCACGCAGUACAAGCUCAAGAAGGCCAUCGAGGAGGCCGAGCGGGAGGGCAAGGUUCUGGACAAGUCGGAGUUCCUAGAGGCGCUGAAGAGCGGCGGCAUGCAGCCGGCGGCGGCGGCCAGCCCGGCCGGCGCGCGCAUGCGCGGCCGCGCCGCCGCCACCCGCGCGCGUCCCAAGACCAUACACGUGGACGGCGGCGCGCUGCAGGCCGCCGAGGGCAUGCUCGCCGGCAAGCAGCCCUCCACCACCAAUCUCGCAGCGGGCGGCACGAUGCGGCGCGACUACUACCGCGGCUCGCAGGACAGUCUCGCGGAACGCGCCGGCCUCUACAGGGUAACCCCGGUAGAGUCCCCCGUGGAGGACCGCGGCGGCAUGUCCCCGGGCAGCGCCUCCAGCGGCCCGCUGGGCCGGCGCGGCUCCUGCAAGACCUCCAGAGAGCGUGUGAAUGAGGAACCUCAGACGUCACGUGGAAGGUCUAAAUAUUCCACUUACCAGAGUAACUUUAAGGCGGGAAGGAAGUCUAGCUCUCUUAUGAACUUGUGCGACUCGGGGCUGGGCCGCGCGACGCCGCCGCGGCGCGCCGCGUCGCCGGGCGUGCGCGCGCUGGGCUCGCCCGCGUCCGGGCCCGGCUCGCUGCCCGGCGCCAUCGGCAAGCGCCGCCUCGCGCACCACGACGACGCCUCCGACGCCUCCUCCACGCACUCCUCCAUCAUGGACUACUCCGGUCCCAGACUGUACAAGCAGCCGACGACCAAAUCCAACAGGGGUAUAAUGCUGAACGCGGUGGAGUACUGCGUGUUCCCCGGGGCGGUGAACGCGGAGGCCAAGCGGCGGGUGCUGGAGGAGAUCGCGCGCUCCGAGAGCAAGCACUUCCUCGUGCUGUUCAGGGACGCCGGCUGCCAGUUCCGGGCGCUGUACUCGUACUGUCCGGACACGGAGCAAGUCACCAAGUUGUACGGAACCGGGCCUAAGCACGUCAACGACAGGAUGUUCGAUAAGUUUUUCAAAUACAACUCUGGUAGCAAGUGCUUCUCGCAAGUGCACACGAAACACCUGACGGUGACGAUCGACGCGUUCACGAUACACAACUCGCUGUGGCAGGGCAAGAAGGUGCAGCUGCCCAGCAAGAAGGACAUGGCUCUCGUCAUAUAACCAGCCAGCGUCCGGCCGCAACGCCAACGGGAACCAGUCUAUUAAAUACUAAAUUUAAACAAUUCACGUUAUCUAGUCGCCGGCGGCAGUCGAGUCAAGCCUUUUUUACUCUUCAGUUAACGCUACGGUAGGGCAAUAGUGCCAGUGUCCAUUAUCAAUUACGAUUAGUGCAUUCUCUCGGACGGGAGCUGUGUUACAUUUAAUUGAAUGUGUUUAUUUGCUUGUGUAAGAGAUGUCGAAAGAUGUUUGUAAAGGCCGCUCCGUCCAGAGCUUGUUAUACGUGUAAACGAAGUUUACAAAGUCAUAGAUAAUUUUGCUCGGUGGCUGGACGGAGGUCGGCGCUCGGUGCCUGUGUCAUAUUGUACAGUUAGGGAGGGUUAGUAAGCUCGAAUCAGUAUGUUUUAUAUGCAUUAGCUUCGUUCGUUUGGCAUUAUAUUUGUGAAAGUCUAUCUAUCAUGUUAAAUAUGCCCGCUGUUUGUGUUGUUAAUUUAUUUGCGCCGAGCUCGGCGACAGUUUCCCGGUUGCACAGACUCUGUGAUAUGACGUGUGGCACUAACUUAUUGUACUAAUAUCGCGAGGUGUGUGCGGCGGCGUGGAAACGGUCACGUACCAUCGGCCGCUUCGUAUAACGUAACGUAUGUGUGCGACAUUUGCAGCGUUAUGUCGUUACUCGAACGGUUUUACUCAGUGUAUAAACGCAAUGUUUGCCAUAAUGUAUUAGUGAGAUGGUCAAUACGUUCCAAAACGAACUAGUUGUCUCAAACGUAACAGCCAAAAUGUCGGAUGUAUGAUCGUGUAUUGCGUACAUUAAUUUUUCUAUAAGGAAACUGUCCCUCACAUUAACAUAACAUGUUCACAAACUAAUGCUGCUUAUUUGUUAUUAUAAUUAACUCGUUAGUAAUUAUUUCAAAUUGACUGGAGUAAGAUUAAGAUGAUUAUGUAUUUGUUUAAUGUGACCUAAUUCAUUUAAUGUUAUUUCCAUUUUUUUACUGCUUGUAUAGCUAAAAUAAGACAAGGCACAUAUUACGUGGUAUUUGUACUGCCUUAUCCUGUAAAUAAUUGUUUAUUUGUAUACAGCUAUUUAUUAAAAGAAUGUUAACGAGAAUUGAUGAAUAUCAUUUUUUCAUUGUUUAAUGAUCGGUCAUCAAUAAUAUACUACCGAUAGUAUAUGGUAUGCAAAUAUACUGUAUUAAAAAGCAUAACGAAAUAAUAUUGAAUUUCAUAUUA